AUGAAGAGCGAAAUUGUCCUGCUCACCGGAGGAGGAGCGGAACAGGCGGCACAGCAGAUCAUCUGGCCGGGAAAUACGACCCGCCAGCCGGCGGGCUAUGCCAGCCCCAACCACCUGAAGAUUGUCACCUUGGUUGAGAAGCCCUUCGUGGUGGCCGUUCCGCCGCUGGAUCGGCGAGGCCUCUGCACCGACGAGCAGAUUCCUUGUCCUCUGACGAAGAGGAAUCCAAUGACCGGGGAGAAGAUUGAGGAGGCGGCCUGCUGCGAGGGCUACUGCAUCGACCUGAUGCGCAACCUCUCCAAGGUGAUGAAGUUCACCUAUGCACUGUACCAGGUGGAGGACGGCCGGUACGGCAGUUACACGUACAACGCCAAGGCGAGGCGGCACGAGUGGACCGGCAUUUUGGGAGAGCUCCACUACGGACGGGCCGAUAUGGCCAUCGCCGCGUUGACCAUCACCCCGGAGCGGUCCCAUGCGAUUGACUUUACGAAGCCGUUCAAGUACCAGGGCAUUACCAUACUGCAGAAGCGGCAGUCGAUUCACCGGACCCGCCACCCGUUGACCUCCUUCCUCCAGCCCUUCCAGGACAGCCUUUGGGUGUCGGUCUUUGUGGCGGUUCAUGUGGUCGCUCUGUCGCUUUACCUUCUGGAUCGGUUCAGCCCCUUUGGGCGGUACAAGCUGCCCAACUGUGAGGCGAUCACCGAGGAGGACGCGCUGAAUCUGAGCAGUGCAAUCUGGUUCGCCUGGGGCGUCCUCUUCAACUCGGGCAUCGGCGAGGGCACGCCGAGGAGCUUCAGCGGUCGAGUGGUGGGCAUGGUCUGGGCGGGCUUUGCCAUGAUCGUCGUCGCCUCGUACACGGCCAAUCUGGCGGCUUUCCUGGUGCUUGAUCGGCCAGAGCAGGCGCUGACGGGCAUCAACGAUCCAAGGUUGAGAAAUCCCAAGGAGGACUUCAACUACUCCACGGUGCGGGACAGCUCGGUGGAAAAUUACUUUCGAAGGCAGGUGGAGCUGGCGCCGAUGUACAAGCAGAUGGCGAGCAUCAACUUUGACAAUGCAGAGGCGGCCAUUGCGGCGGUCAAGUCGGGCAAUCUGAAGGCUUUCAUCUGGGACAGUGCUCGACUUGAGUACGAGGCUUCAAAGGACUGCGAGCUGAGCAUCUCUGGGGAACAUUUUGGACGAUCUGGUUACGCCAUUGGACUGAAGAAGGGCCAACCGUACUGGAAGGACAAGGUGACGCUGGAGCUGCUGAGCAUGCACGAGGCGGGCUUCCUGGAGAUGCUCGACAACAAGUGGCUGCUGCUGGACAAGAAGAUCUGCCUGACGAAGAUGGAGAACUUUCCGCCGACGCUGGGGCUGAAGAACAUGGCCGGCGUCUUCAUACUGGUGGGGACGGGCAUCUUUGGCGGCGUGGCGCUGAUCAUGUUUGAGAUCUUCUACAAGUCCCAUCAGACGAAGAAGCAGAAGCGGAUGGAGCUGACGAGGAAUGCGGCGGAUAAGUGGAAGACGAUGGUGGAG